AUGUUUUCUCUACGAAGAGUAUCUACUCAGAUCAUUAACAAAAGAACCUUAUCUGGGAUUCGACCUAUUCUUUGUCUUCGUGGUUAUGCAACUGCUCAAGACAUUUCAUCUUUGCUUCUCGUCGAACACAAAAAUAAAGCUAUUGCGAGUUCUACAUUAAAUGCGUUCACAGCUGCUUCAAAACUCGGUGGUAAUGUGAUUGCCCUUGUUGCUGGUGAAGAUCCUGAUCCUAUAGUUUCAGAGGUUUCCAAAAUUAAAGGUGUUUCCAAA